AUGCCAGAAGAGUUUCAUCUAUUCCCUAAGCUUCCAAUCGAGCUAAGGGACAUGAUCUGGGAAUUUGCCAUGCGCCCAAAUAAACCAGGAGUUCACUUCUUCCAGCGCAGAAACCCCAGUGGGUGGUUUACUUACCAGUUAACAUUGCCGGGCCUCGUUGACCAACCCAGAACCGGAGACCAUACAUUUAGAGGGCCUCGAUACGUCCCACAACAUAAUCCAUCGACGUACUUAAUCGAUGAGCACUUGUGGUUCGCUUGCCGCGAAUCGCGCCAAACUAUGGAGCGGGUCUUUAAGACUAAGUACUGGGAAGCUAUUAGAAACGACCAUGUAAAGGCUGGCAACCAACACCUUUCCAGAGACUGGCUUGAAAACGAAAUCGCGAUGCCGGCGACGACUGUUGUCCCCUGCGACUAUCGAGAUCCUCUUCCUCCUUGUUACUGUAUGGUGUUGCCCUACCAGGACCUCUUCUGCUUUAACGCCCUUGACCAACAGAAUGUUAUGACUGUUCCCGAGCUUAAUUCUAGUGUUCAGAUUGGGUCAACGCAUUAUGGGUAUCGGGGAAUCAGGAACAUCGGCAUACCGUUCUACGACCCAGGACCUAACGGAGGACGUACCACUCGGCUGGAUUUCGAUGUAGUGAUCCAAUAUAUGGACAGGUGCGGUAUACCUGGGCUAGAAACACUCUGGCUCAUUAACUACACCGCCCGAAGAGAACACCAUGUGCCCACCAAAGAGCAAGCUGCGAGGAACCCGAAGAUCUUCUACGGCACCAAUUGCAAAUUUGUCGAACUAAUACCCGAUCCAAAUGGAGACUUUCCGUGGAUGGUCCCUCUCAUUUUGAGGGUCUGGCUGAGUGACUGGCCAAACGACAGAAUCCACCAAAACAAGGGCCAUCCGGGGGUUCGAGUUGGACACCUCAUUUGCGAAGCCCUAUAA